UUCCUGGGUAUCACCACUAGUGGGCCCAGCCCAGCCGGUGCUACUGCUGCUGCGGCUGCCUCGGUCAGACGCGGACAGGAUGAGGCCUGCCCCGGUAAAUCCAUCGUUUACCCGGGGCGGUUAGCGUGCUCCGGUGCCAUGGCUGCACCCACCGCACGUUUCGACGACGGCCGGCAGAACUUGGGAGAUCUGACCCCGGGUCAGGUGCCUCAGCCGGGCCGAGCGGGGGUCAGCCCCGCCGCCGGGGAAGCGGCGGCUCGCCUCCCCCGGGAUCACGGAGAUCCUCCGGGGCAGGCUGACAGGGACGGUUCCCCGGGGGAAUCCGGCGGGUGCAGGUCCACGGAGGAACCGGUUAAUGUCGGGGAUGAGAAGUCGGCGGCGCGUUUCGGGAACGCGAAGGCCGAGCCGGAGAGGAUCGGUUCAGUGAGCGUGUUGACAGAGGAGACGCUGCUGGAGAAAGACGAAAUCUGGAAAGCUCUGGCCUCUAACUACGGCCAGGUGAUGCCGGUGGACUGGAAACGGAGUCGGACGCGCUCCCUCUACAUCUCCACGUUCAACCUUGAGGAGAGACCCAGCGAGACGGAUGACGCGGCGGAGCUGUCCGACGAGGACGAGCUGAGGGAGCAGCUGGACAUGCACUCCAUCAUCGUCUCCUGUCUGGAGCAGGAGCCCCUUGUCACGGCGGAGCAGGUCAUCGAGGAGAUUGAAGAAAUGAUGCAGGACUCGCCUGAUGCGGAGGCGGAGCGUAAUCCCUCCCAGUCGGACCUGUCCAUGCUCUCUGUGGACAUCCAGCGGACCAGCCCGGGCUUCGAGGACAGACUGAGAUCCCUGAGCGCCGCGGAGCUGCUGGAGCGUCUGACGGAGACGGAGGCGAACAUCAGGAGGUUUUCCGAGGAGCUGGUGCAGCAGCUGGCCGUCCGAGACGAGCUGGACUUCGAGAAGGAGGUGAAGAACAGUUUCAUCUCGGCGCUCAUCGACGUGCAGAACCGGCAGAAGGAGCACAGGGAGUCGCUGAGGAGGAAGAAGAAGCUCAAAGGCGCUGGCGCUGGAGCUGGACCGGCUCAGGUUCUCCCAGAGAGAACGGCAGGAUCACGCUUCAGCAUGGAUGGCCUCUCUUCUGUUAUUCAAAACAGCUUCCGGCAAACAUUUGGCAGUGGCUGCAGCGAACGACAGUAUUUGACCACAGUCAUUCCCUACGAGAAAAAGGGACUACCUCCGUCGGUCGAAGACCUCCAGAUCCUGACCAAGAUUCUGCAAGCUAUGAGAGACGACAGCGACAGGGUUCCUGGUCUCUUGACAGACUACAUUCUCAACGCUCUGGUGUGAGCGAUGGACUGCGAGUGUUUUGUCCGACAUAGAUGGAGGCUGAGGAUCUGCAGACAGUUCAAGUUAGAAAGAAGAGGACUUCUGAAGCACACUUAAUUUAUUCCUGACAUUUUUUUUUACCUCCGUGUGUAUUCUUUGAUCCAUCUUUAAUUUAUUUGUGUUUAAGUUGAUGAUUUAAGAACAUAGUGGAUUCUUGCAAAAUGUCACCUUUGUUGUCACCAAAAAAAGGUGCUUCUUCCUUUUUUAAAGAAUUUCAUCUGAUGUUGGAUGCUUUUAUUAGGGGCAAAGCUGCAAAGCGAAGGGCUUAGUGUUUACGAAGCAUCAGCUGAUCUGAGCCAAGAAGCAAAUGCACCUGCGUUGGAGUUUUUGUAAAAAAGCGCAAAACAUUUUGUAGGCGUAAACGGAUGAGCCAACAUCAUUAUCCCUGCAUUAUUACUUGAACAGCGGCACAAUAAAUGGAUCAGGGAAGCUGAGUAAACAGCAAAAAUGUCAAUAUUAUAAAAACAAAUCUACAUCCAGUCUGUGUCAUCAUGAUGUCAACGAUCUGCUCUCAUCAGUACUGCACCUCCAACACUAUUUUUAUACUGUAAUGCAGCAUAUUGAGCUGAUGCAGACUGGAGUGAGAAAAGGAAUCAAUCUAUCUAUGCAUUGGAGUAAAAACGGACUCUGACCCAAGCACUGUCUGCGAUUCGGAGAUGCCGACUGGCGCCCCGAAUCAGAGCGCACAGGGUGGCGUGCACCUCGACUCUCACUGUGUUCCUACCAGCUGCCUUUGCCUGAACUUUUCUACAUCAUGGAGAGCUUAUUUUCAGUGAAUAAUGAAUGUCAUGUCGAUACACUACCUACAGAGGCCGUGUUGCUAUUUAUUUCUUUAUGUAAAUAUUGUACUUGAAUGAUAGAAAUCUUCUUAUGUUUGCUUCAUUUUACUACUGAGUAUUGAAUAUUAAAGAUAGUGAUGAGGAAACGUGCUGAGUCAGCAUCUUUGUUUCAG